GGCCGAGCCAUGCCGGUGUUCAGCGGCCUCCUGAAGGUGCGAGUGUGCGAGGCGGUGGACCUGAAGCCCACCCCGUGGGCGCUGCGCCACGCCGUGGGCAAGAGCGGCUCCUUUCUGCUGGACCCCUACCUGGCGCUUAACCUGGACCAGACCCGCCUGGGCCAGACGGCCACGCGCACCAAGACCAACAGCCCCGCCUGGCACCAGGAGUUCUGCGCCGAGGUGCGCGAGGGUCGUAGCCUGGAGCUGUCCGUCUUCCACGACGCGCCCAUCGGCUACGACGACUUCGUGGCCAACUGCACCAUCCAGCUGGAGGACCUGCUGCAGAACGGGACCAGGCACUACGAGGACUGGAUCGACUUAGAGCCAGAGGGGAAGGUGUACGUAGUCAUUGAUCUGUCUGGAUCUUCCACUGAAGCCUCGGGAGCCAACGACAAUGAAGAGCGCGUCUUCCGGGAGAGGAUCGGCCCGCGGCGGCGCCAGGGCGCGGUGCGCCGGCGCGUCCAUCAAGUCAACGGGCACAAGUUCAUGGCCACCUACCUGCGGCAGCCCACGUACUGCUCGCACUGCAGAGACUUUAUCUGGGGCGUCCUGGGUAAGCAAGGCUACCAGUGUCAAGUGUGCACGUGCGUCGUCCACAAGCGCUGCCACGAGCUCAUCAUCACCAAGUGCGCCGGCAUGAAGAAGCAGGAGGACACCCCGGAGGAGGUGGGUUCGCAGCGGUUCAGCGUCAACAUGCCGCACAAGUUCAGCAUCCACAACUACAAGGUGCCCACCUUCUGCGACCACUGCGGCUCCCUGCUGUGGGGCCUCUUGAGGCAGGGCCUGCAGUGCAAGGUGUGUAAGAUGAACGUGCACAGGCGCUGCGAGAAAAACGUGGCCCCCAACUGCGGCGUGGACGCCCGAGGCAUCGCCAAGGUCCUGUCCGACCUGGGAGUCACGCCAGACAAGAUCUCCAACACGGCGCAGCGUCGCAGGAAGUUGACGCCCGGGCACGACCCUCCCCAAUCUCCUCCGGAGCUCUCGCAGACGGAGAACAGCUUCAGCCAGCCGGCUGUCCCCGCCUCGCCCUCCCAGCAGGACUUGGCGGAGUUGGAUCGCCUGCAGGACGCACUUUCACUGGACCAGCAGGGACCCCAGCACUCCUCGUCGUCCUCCUCGUCGUCCUCCUCGGCCACCUCCGCCACCUCGUUGUCCGCCGCCUUCUCGUCGGGGGGCCGCGAGAACGGACAGAGCCAGAAGAGGACCCUCAAGGACUUCAACUUGAUCAAGGUUCUCGGCAAAGGCAGCUUCGGCAAGGUGAUGCUGGCCGAGCUGAAGGGCACGGAGGAGGUGUACGCCGUCAAGGUCCUGAAGAAGGACGUCAUCCUCCAAGACGACGACGUGGACUGCACCAUGACGGAGAAGCGCAUCCUGGCUCUGGCCCGCCGACACCCCUACCUCACGCAGCUCUACUGCUGCUUCCAGACUCGAGACCGCUUGUUCUUCGUCAUGGAGUACGUCAACGGAGGCGACCUGAUGUUCCAGAUUCAGCGCUCGCGCAAGUUCGACGAGCCGCGCUCGCGCUUCUACGCCGCCGAGGUCACGUCGGCGCUCAUGUUCCUGCACCGCAACGGCGUCAUCUACAGGGACCUGAAGCUGGACAACAUCCUGCUGGACGCCGAGGGCCACUGCAAGCUGGCCGACUUCGGCAUGUGCAAAGAGGGCAUCGUGAACGGCGUGACCACCACCACCUUCUGCGGCACGCCCGACUACAUCGCCCCCGAGAUCCUGCAGGAGCUGGAGUACGGCGCCUCGGUGGACUGGUGGGCGCUGGGGGUGCUGAUGUACGAGAUGAUGGCGGGCCAGCCGCCGUUCGAGGCCGACAACGAGGACGACCUGUUCGAGUCCAUCCUCCACGACGACGUUCUCUACCCCGUGUGGCUCAGCAAGGAGGCCGUGUCCAUCCUGCGAGCGUUCAUGACCAAGAACCCGGCCAAGCGUCUGGGCUGCGUGGUGAGCCAAGGCUGCGAGGACGCCAUCAAAACGCACCCCUUCUUCCGGGAGAUCGACUGGCUGCUGCUGGAACAGAGGAAAGUGCGACCCCCCUUCAAGCCACGCAUUAAAACCAAACGCGACGUGAACAACUUCGACCAGGACUUCACCAAGGAGGACCCCGUGCUCACGCCCACCGACGAGACCAUCAUCCGGCAGAUCAACCAGGAGGAGUUCAAGGACUUCUCCUACUGCGCCCCCGAGGAGACGCACACCUAACGCACAUCCACAUAAACACAUACACACUCGCACUCCUUUACUUUUUGACGCUAUUCUUACUUUACACGCGUUGUCGUCGUCGUUCUUAAUGUUGUUGCCUGGAUUUGUUGAUGAAUAUGCACACUCGCUUUAAAACACUUCUACACGCAUACGGUGCAUGCGGAAAGUAUUGACAGUGCUUUACUUCUUCCACAUUUUAUGUUACAGCCUUGUUCCAAACUAAGUGAAAUUCUCUCCUGACAAUGUAAGACAAAUAUUUUCAAUAUGAUGUCACAAGCUUGGCACAGCUUUGGUCAGUUUGGAUUGUUCUCCAUCCAAAGAAUUUUAUUAAAAAAAGUGAAGUGCUGUGAGUGCAUCCGGAAAGUAUUUGAAAAGCUUCACUUUCUACACAUUUCGGUGCCUUGACUUUAAACCUUUGUCCCUUUUAAAAAGAAUGGAUAUGCCUUUAUUCAGUUCCGGCGCCCCAGAAAACUUUUUUUGUCAUUUGUUUUUUAAUAAGGAAAAUCAGCACGUGACAAUAAUUUUAUUUUAUCAAAACAUAUGGGAAUAAUUAAAUAGAAGUGAAUAGUUUGCACCUCCUGAUAGUUCAAUGGGCAUUGUGCUGCGCCUUCUGGUGUGCGCUGUGUCCACCAGGGGGCAGUAUAAUACAGACAUAUUGCACAGAUAUGAUGAGACGCAAGACCGUCGCAACUAAACUGAAAUUAUAGGAGUCGUUUUUUGCUGAGGAUAAAGAAUAUAUGCAUGUGAGCAUUGCUACCGUUUGUGUUCAAUUAUAAGCCGCUUAAUGGUUUCUACGGUGGAGACCCGCAUAGUUGCGGGUUUGCAUUUUGGGGGGCGCCUUUCUCCUGUUGUUCACAGAAACCCCUGCUUUUUCAUUUUUUAAUUUUUUUUUUUAUAACCAGAUCCACCUUUUAAAAAAUAUUUUUGAAUGCUAAUUAUAAGGGAGCGUCUAUUAUUCUCAGAUUUUUUUAACUGUAAAUCACCAAUGCUAUAUUCGUUAGCCCGUCUACGCUGUUUUACAUUAGCGGACUUUCGUAAGACAAAGUUAAUGUGGUUUAAUUUCAACUGGGAGUGGCAACUAACAGCUUGAAGCCUCUUUUUUGAAGAAUUGCUUACAAGCUGCAAAACUGCUGCUCGAGUCACCGUCUAGUGCUUGGAGCUAAAAAAAAUUUGCUUGCAAUUCAAGAUCCCCCCAAAAAAUAAAUCGACCCAGCGAUGGCUCAUAUCUCGAAGAACUUAAGAAUGAGGCUAUAACGUAACAGUGGAAAAAAAAUAAGUGCUUUGAAUACUUGGCAGAUGCACUGUAUAUAUAUAUAUAUAUAUAUAUAUAUAUAUACACACACACACACACACACACACACAUAUGCCCACAGACGGCUUCUUCCUCGCAAUGGACCGCCUGUAUACUGUAUAUAUAAAUCCAUAUAUUAGCCUGUGUCGCGUGACUGUAUUGUGUCGCUGUCGUCCGCAAGCUUGUGACGCAUGGACAAACACCCCCCAACCACCCGAAAGUACCCCCAUUGUCUUUUAACGGCCCUCAAUGUGGACUAGUUCGGGCCCUGAAUACCCCUGUUUUGUGCAAUAUACCCCCCCCCCCCCCCCAUCAUAUCUCUCUAUAAGAUAUAUUUUAUGGCUUUCAUUUUUUUUUUUUUUUUAAUCAUUCUCAAUUGGUAUGAUUGACGCUCGUGCCCAUCCAAUGAAUGUGUAGCUUACUCACAGGCUAUUCAACUAAUUACGACAAGCCGCCGUUUUGUCCUGAAUGUACAUUUUGACUCGUGUGCGUGCGCGCGAGUGUCUGCGCGUGCAAGCGUUUCCACGGUUACCAGCAGUGUUUCUCCCGCAGCCAAACUGCUUGCUUUACUUUUUCUUUUCUUUUUUUUUUUUUUUUUUUUUAAUUCUAAUAAUUAUUAUUAUUGUAAAGUGUAUUAUCCGGAGGACGUUUGUGUAUAUUACUUAUAACUAUACUAUUGUAGGUCUGUUACAGUUUGAGUGAGAGGACCAGCAGUUGAAUUACCUCACAUUUACAACACACACACAGACACAGACGCGCACACUCAGGCAGUGCAUCUGGAAAGUAUUCACAGCGCUUCACUUGUUGUUUUUUUGUUUUUUUUAAACAAAUGCCAUGGACAUAAGUAUUCACAGUGUUUUUAAAUAUGAUACCACAAGCUUGAUCAAGCUUAAUCUCAUGUCGUUUCCUAUCCAGGAACUGUUCCCAUCCAAAAAGUGAAGCGGCGUAAAUACUUUCCGCGUGCAAAGUAUUUACAGUGCUUUGCUUUUUCAACAUUUUAUUUGUUUUUAAAUACCACAAGCUUAGAACACCUCUCAUUACAUUUUGAGGGAAAAGGCUGUAACAAAAUGUGAAAAAGGUGAAGCACUGUGAAUACAGAAGCACUGUAUGCAUGUACGCACCCAGUGUUGGUCCUAGCUUGAAUGGCACUUUGUGCAAGACACCCCCCACCCCUUUUUUUUUUUUUUUUUUUUUUGGCGCCCCCACACUGGAGUGGACCUUAUGUCCCUACAGCUCUUUUCUACAGAGAGCCACUCCCUAUACAAACGCCCUUUGUGGUCGCACAUACUGCACAUGCCAGAAAUCACCACUGCGCGCACACAGAUGAAAAACACUGGAGUGGACCUUAUGUACUUACAUCUCUCCGCAAGAGGGCGCAAAUCUCCAACACAAACGCCAACCAUUAACGUACACAAUAGAAUUUCACGUAGCAAUGCCGACCCGUAGGGCCCCACGUAAUGCACAUGCCAGAAAUGGACACACACACGCACGCACACAGAAGUACUGUUGCGUGCACUGUAAGAGGUGUUGGGGUGGUGGGGGUGUAUGUAUGUAUGUAUGUGUGUGUGUGUGUGUAGUGAAGCUUCGCGCAAUCCAGGGGUUAGCCUGAUCCCUGUCACACUAUCUUACUUUGUGCCAAAAAAAAAAAAAAAAAAAAAAAACAGAAAACAAACCAAUGUCGUGCGGCGGCAACCAGGCCCUGUCGUCUGUCUGCUGUCCGUCUGUCUGCUCUGACUCCAAUAAAUCGAAGAAAAAGCACCUGA